AUGGAUUUACCGCAUAAAGGAAUCCUCCAAAGCCCUGCUCUUACCCAGUACAUAUAUGGAACGAGCGUAUAUCCAAGAGAACAUGAGCAACUGAAGAAAAUAUGGGAAGCCACUAUCGUAAAAUACGGUAACUUGGCAGAAACGACGGUACCCGUAGAUGAAGGGAGGUUCCUGUCGCUGUUCAUGGAGAUAUUGAACCCCAAAAGGAUGCUAGAGAUUGGUGUUUUCACUGGCUACUCCCUCUUCUCCACUGCCCUAGCCAUGCCCAACGAUGGCCUGUUAACUGCCAUUGACAUUAGUAGAGACCAUUACGAAGUGGGUCUGCCGUACAUCAAGGAUGCAGGCUUGGCGCAUAAAAUCAACUUCAUCGAGUCCCCCGCCACUCCGGCUUUGAACCAAUUGCUCCUAGCCACCACCAACCAUGACGAGAAAUUGUUCGAUUUUGCAUUCGUGGAUGCGAACAAAACAAGCUACAACAAUACCACGAGCUGUUAG